AUGCUUGACGUCAGACGCGUCACCGUUGCUGCCGGUGACCUUCUGACCACCGCUACUGCUUUUCCGGUGACGGCAGCCACCUGUGAGGUGGCUGAAUACAUGAACGGUCGAGUAGUUAGGCUGUUCACAGCUUGGGAUAGAUCCUCCUGGAAGAAUGUUGAUAGAAGAAUCAUUCAAAAACUAACACGUAUUCUUGCUUCGAAUCCGCACAUUAGAACAUUUAAACGUCUUUCUGAUCUAGGACCGCUUGAUAAUUAUAGAGUGACUUUGAAUGCAUCGGUGGAACUUGACCAAAGGGUGUACAAUAAGCCGACCACAUCUGAGGUUGCUGGUAUUUGGGUUGAAGGAAAUGACAACGUCACUGCAUAUAAAAGAAGUAUUAUUGUCUAUGGGAGGUCUAACUAUAGUAUUGAAAUUCAACCUCACUUUGGUUGUUAUGAUCAUUUGCCGUAUCCUUUAUUCUUUCCCAAUGGUGAGUCUGGAUGGCAUCCUAAAAUACCAAGAUAUGGGAUCGCCAUGGAUGAAAUUCAUAGUGACAAUGAAGAUAAUGAUGAAGGUUCAGAAGAAUCUACUUCAAAAAAAGGCAGAAAUAUUGUAAGUAUGCGGGAGUACUAUUGUUACAAGUUCCAGAUACGGUCGAAUGAUAAUGUGAUUUUGAUGGGAGGGAGAUUGUUCCAGCAGUUUGCAGUAGAUACAUAUAUAAAGAUUGAGACUACACGUUUGGUUUUUGUUGAAAAGAACCAAACCAAAACUAGAGCCGAUUUAUACGAGGGCGUUGUUGAUUGCUUCAAUGCCGGUGAGGCUCAACCAAGUAGGGUUGGACAAAGAGUUGUGUUACCUGCAAGUUUCAUUGGAGGUCCACGUAACAUGCGACAAAGAUUUUUGGAUGUCAUGGCUUUAGUUCAAGAUGAUGGGAGGCAUGGUAUAUUUCUUAUAAUGACGUGCAACCCAAAAUGGAAAGAAAUCGAUGAUGAGUUAUUGCCUGGACAGUCAGCUCAAGAUCGACCAUACCUUGUUGCAAGAGUUUUUCAUGCAAAGUUAGAGGAUCUCAAGGUACAGUUAUUCCAGAGACAUAUAAUCGAUGUGGUGGGGUCAUAUGUGUAUGUGAUAGAGUUUCAAAAGCGUGGAUUGCCACAUGCACAUUUCCUCUUAAUAAUGACACCUGGAUAUAAGAUGAAUAAUCCAGACGAUUAUGACAAACUUGUGUGUGUGGAAAUUCCCGACCCAAUGAGGUUUCCUGAAAUGCAUGAUCUUGUCAAAAGUCACAUGAUGCACGGUCCUUGUGGUGGCUUACGAGAAAAAAGUCCAUGUAUGCAGGGUGUGCCAAAAAUAUGUCGUUUCAGAUAUCCUAGCCAAUUCAAUGAAAAGACAUCACAAGGAGAGGACUCAUAUCCAUUAUAUAGAAGGAGAAAUAAUGGAAUUGAGGUGACUGUAAGAUAUACAACAUUGGAUAAUAGAUGGGUGGCUCCAUACAACCCAAAGUUAUUAAUGAUGUUUAAUUGUCAUAUCAACGUUGAGACCAAGAAAAAUAUUGUUAUUAAUGAGAUACGAAAGUUUCAAGACGCACGUUAUGUAUCCCCUCCUGAGGCAUUAUGGCGUGUUUUUAGCUUUCCUCUUUCAAAAAUCCACCCUUGCGUGAUGGCCUUGCAAAUACAUCUCCCGAAUCAACAGUUGGUUAGGUUCAAAGACGGUGACAGAAUGGAAGACAUUGUUGAUAGGGAGAAAGGAAAAAAUUCAAUGUUAACGGCAUUUUUCAAUAAGAAUAAAGAAGAUUCCAAUGCAAGAAAAUAUUUGUAUAAGGAUUUUCCCAAACAUUUUACAUGGAAUCGGAGAAACCAUUGUUGGAGGACCAGGGAACAUAAAUCAAUGAUUGGUCGACUUGUUUAUGCUAAUCCAGCUGAAGGAGAGAGAUACUACCUACGCUUGAUUUUUUGUCAUAUUACUGGGCCUACCUGCUUUGAAGAUUUAUACACAGCUAAUGAGGCUUCCUUAUUUCAGUUUCCCAGCACACUUAGAUGGUUAUUUGCGACGAUGUUGAUUUUUUGUGAACCGGGAAAUGUUCGCAAGUUAUGGGACGACCACUAUGAUUCUCUUUCUGAAGAUUAUAGGAAACAAUAUGGAUGUGUCGAACGAGUGCAAAAUAUGGUCCUCAUCGACAUUAGAAUAUUCCUAGAAUCUAUGAGUAAAAAGCUUAGUGAUUACGACCUUCCAAAUGUCAGUGCACACAUCGAUUUACAAUCAAGAGGCUAUCGUGAGGUGCAAGAAGAAUACUCUAUAAAUGUGGAAAAUGAAGACUUACUUGCGCGGGACUCUCUCAAUCCAGACCAUAAGUUUGCAUAUAAUGAGAUAAUGAGGCAUGUGGAUGAAAAUAUUCUGGGUGUGUUCUUCAUAAAUGGUCCCUGUGGAACUGGAAAGACAUUUUUGUACAAAACUUUGUUGGCCAAUAUUCGUGUAUGUGGUCUUAUUGCACUUGCAACUGCCACGUCAGGUGUUGCGGCUAACAACAUGCCAGGAGGGAGAACAGCUCAUUCACGAUUUGGAAUUCCCCUCAAUCUUGAUCUUGAGAAGAAGAAAGGAGCUUGGGAGUUCCAGUUGAAGCUAUAA